UUCAGCUAACGUUAGUAUUGUGUAGCAAUGCCAGGGAAUGCAGAUUUAAAAAUGUAUGGCUUCAUGAUGAAAAGUAUGAGGGGUGGCUGGAGAAAGAUCAGGACCCGGGACGUGCUAAAUGUACACUGUGUCGUAAAACGUUUGACAUUUCUAACAUGGGAGAGGCAGCGCUGUCUAGCCACGCUAAAGGUGCAAAGCACCAGGGACCAUUUUGAGUGCUGUAUCCAGAAACGAAACCCUCACUGCAGAGGUACUGUGGGCGCUAAAGGUGGCUAAUUCGCACUAUUCCUACAAGUCUUGUGAAGACACAGGCCAGCUUUUUCAGACUACGUUCCCAGACAGCAAGAUAGCGUCCAGCUUUGCAUGCGGCGAACGCAAGUGCUCAUAUUUAUGCACUUUUGGACUGGCUCCUUAUUUUAAGAAACUGACUUUGUCAGAUGUAUCGAAGCAAAGCGUCUAUGUUAUGCUCUUUGAUGAAAGCCUUAAUCACUAUUUACAGUCUAAACAGUUAGACAUUCGUGUCAGGCUAUGGAACGGAUCCGAGGUGAAGACUAAAUACAUCGGCUCAGAGUUCUUGGGCCAUUCAUCAGCUCAAGACAUCGCUGAAAAAAUGAAUAACUUGCUCUCAGAGAUCGGAAUCAAGAAUCUUGUCCAGAUCUCAAUGGACGGGCCGCACGUCAACUGGAAAGUAUUCGAAAUACUCCAGAAGGAAGUGCAGAAAGAUGCGGGAAAGUCCCUAAUUAACAUCGGUUCGUGCGGGUUGCACAUACUGCACAAUGCGUUCAGAGAUGGAUGUAAAUCCACCGGAUGGGAAGUUGAACACGGACUGUCUAGCUUGUAUUGGCUAUUCCAUGAUUGCCCUGCACGUCACGAGGAUUUUAUGACAGCAACCGUAUUUCUUAUUUAACAUGUAUACAUAGACAUUUCAUGAAACAUUAGGUCAUGAAAUUUUACUUAAAGUCAUGGAAAAGUCAUGGAAUUUUAUUGGUAAAAAUGUGUACGAACCCUGAUUACUGCAUGAAAACGUAGCUAAUUUAUCUGUAAUGCGAGGGGCAAGGAAUGCAGGUGAAGAUGAGGAUCUAUGUACAAGAUGCUAUUAGUAACACAAACAAAACAACAGCCAGGAUCGAAAGCAUGCGGACACCUGAACACCACACCUACACAUGCCUGCUGAACACCUUUAGAAGAAUAAUUAAAAAAAUAACAAGCAUUAAUAUAGUUGUACAGACCAGUCACAUUCUUCCACACAUAAACAUUAAAAGUGUGUGUCCACAUACUUUUGGAAUGGAGCUUCGCGAAACACCUAAAUGAUGUUUUGCUGAAACUGAGUGAAUUUUCACAAGUUUAUUAUUCUAAAUGCUUUCGUUUUUGUGUGUUUUAUAAUCCAACACAUUUACAGACAGUAAGAAAAGUUUCAAAGAGCCUAGCCUAUACAAUUAAAGAGAAACAUGUUCUGUGCUUAUAUUCUUUGUAAGAUUUUCAAAAACAUAAAAAUGAUGCAAAAUGCACCAGAAUUCAUGAAAGUGAUUUAAGGAUUCAUGAAAGUGAUUUUAAACUUUGAUCAAUGUGAUACCUUACUCCUAAGUGCACUCACAUUGCACAGUUUUUAGACUCAACACAAUUACAGUAAAUCAUUAUGAUGCAACUUUUUGUUUUGAAGAAAACUAAGGAAGUUUAUUUCUGCCACAAAAUAAAUAUAUAUAAAAAAUAAAAAACUUUAUUUAAGUUAGAAUAGUUUGCAAAUGAACACAACAAGGCUAUGAAAGCAGACUAGUAAAGCACUCUACAGAAAAAUGUUUCUAAACAGUACCAAAUUAGGGUUAUUUAGUUUUUAUCCCUGUAUUUUCCUGGUCUUAUAAUAUCUUGUAGCCUCUAUAAAGGUUUUACAUAAAAAAAACAACAAUAACAGCAUUUUAUGUCAAUUAGGUCAUUUUUAUUGACAUGUGAAACAACAUUUAUUAGCUGAAUACAUUAAUAAAUGACAAUUGACGCUGAACAUGAAUAAGUACAUAAAGAAAUAAAAUAUCGCAGUAGUCUAAGCCUCAGAUGUCACGCCCACGGACCGUUGGCUGAACGUCUGAUGCAUGUGGAAACACUUCAGGAUUUGUGAAGUCGUCAUCUGGUUGGUUGAAUUCUACAGGAUGUCCGGGAGACGUGUGUGUUGCGUUCUUUAACGGUCCGCCUGGAAACAAAUGUCAUGAUGCCAAACCCCCUCAUGGAAGAAGAACGCUGUCAUGUUUACAACUGUGAAAAUGAGCGAUUACCAGGAUCAACUAAACGCUGGAUUUUCAAAAGUAUGUGACGUUCACGGCUCCAUUGUUGCAGUAAACUUGCACAACGUUCUUAAAUGAAUAAUUUAUUAGAUGCAUGCCAGUCUUUUACCUUUCACACCCCUAAACAUGAUGUGGAACAAAACGAACAAAACAAAAAAAACCUUUUGGUGAAUUAGUGAUUUUUUUUCUGAAAAUAAUUGUUUAUUGUAAGUACAUGAAGGGAGGUAUUGACAAAAUGUCACCUGUAGUAAGUCAGUCUUACCAACAGAAACUAACAAGCUUUGGAAUUUGAACUUUACCAAGCUCUGAGAGCACCCUAGUGGUCGGGAGCAUGUGGCUUGAUUUCAUUCUGUUGUGGCUUUAUUUCUUUGUGUUGUGGCUUGAUUUCGUUGUGUUGUGGCUUGAUUUCGUUGUGUUGUGGCUUGUUUCCAUUGUGUUAUGGCUUUAUUUCAUUGUGUUGUGGCUUGUUUCCAUUGUGUUGUGGCUUGAUUUCAUUGUGUUGUGGCUUGAUUUCGUUGUGUUGUGGCUUGUUUCCAUUGUGUUGUGGCUUGAUUUCUUUGUGUUUUGGCUUGUUUCCGUUGUGUUGUGGCUUGUUUCCGUUGUGUUGUGGCUUGUUUCUGUUGUGUUGUGGCUGGAUUUCGUUGUGUUGUGGCUUGUUUCUGUUGUGUUGUGGCUUGUUUCUUUUGUGUUGUGGCUUGAUUUCGUUGUGUUGUGGCUUGAUUUCGUUGUGUUGUGGCUUGUUUCCGUUGUGUUGUGGCUUGUUUCCGUUGUGUUGUGGCUUGACUUCGUUGUGUUGGAGCUAGUGUAAAUAGCGUUUGCCAACAAGGGAUGCUAUUUGCACUAAAUAGACACUCUGUUCAUGGCAACACAUCAAAAAUAAUACAAAGACAAACUCACUUAUAUCAAAUAGAGUGCAACUUUUACUAACAGAAGUUUUCUAGCGUCUUUGCCUCCACCAUCAUCCUAUCAGUCAACACUCUCAUCACGUGACGUACAUGAAGGGAGGUAUUGACAAAAUGUCACCUGUAGUAAGUCAGUCUUACCAACAGGAACUAACAAGCUUUGGAAUUUGAACUUUACCAAGCUCUGAGAGCCCCCUAGUGGUCGGGAGCAUGUGGCUUGAUUUCGUUCUGUUGUGGCUUUAUUUCUUUGUGUUGUGGCUUGUUUCCGUUGUGUUGUGGCUUGAUUUCUUUGUGUUGUGGCUUGAUUUCAUUGUGUUGUGGCUUGUUUCCGUUGUGUUGUGGCUUGAUUUCUUUGUGUUGUGGCUUGAUUUCAUUGUGUUGUGGCUUUAUUUCUUUGUGUUGUGGCUUGUUUCUGUUGUGUUGUGGCUUGUUUCUGUUGUGUUGUGGCUUGUUGCUUUUGUGUUGUGGCUUGUUUCCGUUGUGUUGUGGCUUGUUUCCGUUGUGUUGUGGCUUGACUUCAUUGUGUUGUGGCUUGACUUUGUUGUGUUGUGGCUUGAUUUCGUUGUGUUGUGAACUUAUGUUUGCUUUUUUAAUUUCAUUGUGUUGUGCACUAAUGGGCCAGCAUAUCAGAGUACCGCGGGAAGUAGUGGUGCUGCAGCGUUGAAUUCCGCGCAUCUUUUUUUAAACUUGAGUGGCAUAAAUGUAGCUAAUGGAGCUAGUGUAAAUAGUGUUUGCCAACAAUGGAUGCUAUUUGCACUAAAUAGACACUCCGUUCAUGGCAACACAACAAAAAUAAUACAAAGACAAACUCAAUUAUGUCAAAUAUAGUGCAACUUUUACUAACAGAAGUUUUCUAGCAUCUUUGCCUCCACCAUCGUCCUAUCAGUCAACACUCUCAUCACGUGACAGCCCCUAUUUAUUGGGAAAAUCUUAUUAAAGCCAUGUUUAGCAUCCCAUCCAUUAACAAACAAACAUUCAUCUAGAUACCACUGCAAAAGUCUAACGAGUACUAAAUAAAAUUGUAAAGAUUAAAAAGUUUUGUAAUUAAGUAAAAGUAUUCAAUUAAAGUAAAGUACAAGUACAAAUUUCCCAAAUAUAAGUCAAACACCCAGUGUUUGUUAGGCCAUACUGUUGUGAAUUUGUAUUUAUUUAAUGCUUAAUGUAUUUAAUCAUUUAAUGUGUUUAGCUACAGUUGAAUGACAAACAGUUUGUUUAAGUGAAAAGAGAAUUUGAACUAUUCUUGGGCCUGGUCUCUCAAUAACAUUCCAUCAUAAAGCACCUAAUGCAUUCUUAAGUAGAACUGAAGUGUGACAGUCAGUUCUGAAGAAACAGCAAACCAAACACAGUUGUUCAAUCUUUGCUGAAAACAAAAAUAAAACAAGCCUGGCCUUUAUGCAUUUCCUUGUUUAUUCAUGGUGGAUUGAUGCUGGUGUAGCUGGUGGAUCAGCAUAGCUGUUCACCAUCUGAAAACUAGUAUGAUUUUCUUUCAAACUAAUGAGUUUAAUAUAAAACUAAAUAUAAAAUAAAUAUAUAAAACAUAUACUGUAACUUUGAGCACAGCAGUUUGUGGUGGUGAAAACCAUUACCAACAUACUGUACCACAUACUGUACUUGCUGGUACAUCUAUCUUUUCAAAAGGAAAUAAUCAUUUUAGGUUAUGUGCAUCAACAGAAUCAACAGAAACUCAAAAUAUGUUAUCUGAACCACAUUAAUUAUCUAAGUUGAGUUGACUUUUACAGUGUAGCACUGAAAGAAAAAUUUUGGAACAGCCAAUAAAUCUGCAAAAGAUGAUCUUAAAGAACAUGAUGGAAUAUAUGCAGAAUAAAGAAGGUCUAAUAGGUAAAGAGCAGCAAAAUUGUGAAAAGCUUUGUAGAUAAGCAAAAAAAGUUUGUAUUGGAUGCGAUAAUGAACAGUGGAGUUGAAAAAGAUUAGUUAUUCAGAAGUAUGUGUACAAGUAACAAUCCUCAGAGUUGAGUUCUGAAUUAACUGCAAAUGAAGUAGUUACUAGAGCAUGAAUAAAGAUUCAGCACUAUACUGAGAAAAUGAGGAUCAGAGUCUAGCAAUAUUUUGUUAGUUAAAAAAAAAUGCAAUACAUGAAACAUUAUUGAUAUGAGAGCCAAAAGAAAACAAACCAUCAAAUAUAACACCAAGGCUUUUCACUGGAAGUACUAACUGGACAGUUGUCAAUAAGGAGAAUAGAAAAUUGAAUUUUAGAUAAGGUAGACCUAGACCUAAUAAGAAUAAUUUCACUUUUUCAUCCAUUGUCUUUCUGUUAAACCUUUUUCUCAUGAAGGCCCUCCCCUUUUGAUAAAGUAUAAAAUGAGCACUGAAACAGGGAUGUUAUAUCAUUCACCUGAUUAAAGAUGGAUCUGCAAAUCUCAGUUUUUCUUCUGUUCAUUCUUUUCACUGCAGGACACUCUCUCAUCUGUAAUCAGUGCCCAGGUGUGACAAGCUCUUGUGACCAGGUACCAUGCCCAAAUGGAUUUCCCAACUGCUUUGCUGCAACAGCGUAUAUCAGUGGCAUUACUUCUGUAGCAACAGUUAAAAGUUGUGCUCCUGCAAAUGGCUGUCCAAGUGGGUCCGUCAACUUCGGCACUAUAAAGCUGUCUUCUUACUGCUGUAGCAAUGACCUGUGUAAUGCCCAAGAUGCCCCAGAUCCCAUCACUAACUCCCCAAAUGGAAACACAUGUUACUAUUGUGAUGGACAGAGCUGUUCAAGCAUAUUGAGCUGUUCAGGGAGUGAAGACCGCUGCAUUAAAGCAACAGGGACUUUUGGGGGCCAGUCAGUGGGUGUAAAAGGCUGUGUCUCUAAAGCGAUUUGUGAUGCUGCUUCAUUGGUUCCUAAUGUUCAGGGCAUCUCAUGUUGUGAGGGGAACCUGUGUAACGGUGCUCAGAGUGUCACCCAGAGCUUCCUGUUCCUCUGCUGUUCUCUGCUCUCCUACUUCCUGCUGCACUGAAUCCAGCAGCUCUUCAGAUCCUACAAUGAGACAUGCUGUACUAAAUAUAUAGCUUGUAUUUUCUAUGUACUGUAUUUGGUGUCCUGAUGUGAUUGUUUUCCUGUAAAAUUCCGAUAUGACAUUUUAUGAAAUAAAAUACUACAUCACCUUC